GCCCGGUUGUAACCGAAACAAGGACCUUAAGCCCCAAAAAGCAAAGAUGUAUCUCUCAUUCGAUGAGAGCCAAACAAUGGAAGUACCUCCUGGGGACUCAUUUACAUUGGAUGUUUGACAGUGACCCUCGCCGACGAGAGAGAUGGACCGAAUUCAACGAAUAUUUGGGAUUAAAAGAGAAGAUUCUUCACCAUAUCAUUCACAUCAUGUGGAUGAUGGUUCCAAGUUGAACCCCAAUAUUGUGACAAAUCAGGGCUGUUUAGAAUGUAGAAUAAUAGGGACAACAGUGCCUAUUGGUGCAGCAGGAUAUAUCUUGCAUCAUUAUCGACUCAAGAAAAGUGUUUACAAAGGAUCUGAAGGAUUGAUAUGGAACAUUGUGUGUUUAGGAAUGUCUUCAGCCUUGAUUUUGAUUGGAGGUUGUCGCUUCUUUGAAUGUGGAAUAUUUAAGUACCUGAACACCAGUUCAAAGACAAUCGCAUCACAAGAUGACAAUGAUUGAUUCAGCCAGAACAUGUCCUGAUUAUCUUGGUUGGUUCCUGAACUGUAUACAUGUUUGAAAGUAGACAUAUAGUGGAGUUUUUAAUUCAGAAAAAUGUGUACUAUAGCAUUAUUGUGAGUUUUAGCAGAAGAAAUCAUCUGAGAAUUAGGACAUACUUUACAUUGUGAAAUACACUGAUGUGAUAACAGUUUGAUACAUCAACUUCUUUUAUAAAGGAGGCACUGUCUAACAAGUGUUCAUCAUUUCUGUAUCAUUGUAGAUUUGAAAAAUAAAAAUUUCAUUGAAAUUCC